ACUGCCCAAUAUCAACACGCCACAACCUGAGACACACAAAUACUGUGUAUCAAUCGUAAUGUUGUGUUAUUGUGUUCUGGCGUUCUGUUCAAAUAUUUAGACAAACUGGACUUUGAUACCUUGGCAACAUUGUUCUUGAAACCUUCAUGUCAAUAAAACCUUUUGAAUUGUAAUUGAAUUGAUAAAUUGAGUUGGAAGCUGUUAUAUUAAACCAAAGGUGUUUCCAAAAGUUGUUUUCCCACAUCUAACUGCUAUUUUGACCAGUGAAAAUCUCGAAAUUUCACUAUCUUGAAAAACAAACUGUUUUUCAAACCACCACUUUAUUAGCCAUCAGUUGCUGAAGUGUGAUUGGUGCGAGUGUGAUUAUUUCCUGUGGACGAUAGUUGAUAACAGCUCACUGCUGCACAGAAUUUCCACAUAAUAUCAGCAGCAGGCUGCUGUGUUGUUGUUUAAUACUGAGACGUUAAGUGAUGAUUCAUAGUGAAAACAGGGACCAGAGCCAAUCACCUGCCAGUAUUUGCUCACCGUCCAGAGGCAAGCCGCGCCUCUCGCCUCACCUGAGGGCGCAGGUCAACCUGCGCUCCUAGAUCCGCAUCACUUCAGCACUGACAGGACACGACGAUGCAGCGAGGCCCGGUAAACCCGAGCCACCUUAUACUGUGGCUGCUUUUAGCACAGACAUCUGCGGAUCUGCCGAUGUGCAAAGAGUCAGAUUAUCACUUUGAGUACACAGCGUGUGACGUACUCGGGUCUCGAUGGAGGGUGGCGGUUCCCAACAAACCUGAAACGUGCACUGGCCUCCCAGAUCCAGUCAAAGGCACUCGAUGCACGUUCUCCUGCAGUGAAGGGGAGUUCCUCAACAUGCAGUCUCAGCAGUGCCAGAAGUGCGCUGCAGGCACCUACUCUCUGGGCACCGGCGUGGCCUUUGAUGAGUGGGACAACCUGCCGAUAGGUUUUGUCACCCACGGGGUGAACACUAAUGAUGGUGACGCCCACACAGACUGCUCCAACUCCACCUGGACACCAAAGGGUGAUUACGUAGCCUCAAAUACAGAUGAGUGCACUGCUACGCUGUCCUACGCCGUGAACCUGAAGGAGCCUGGAACUGUCUCCUUUGAAUAUUUCUACCCUGAUUACAGCAUCUACUUUGAGUUUUAUGUACAGAAUGACCAGUGCCAAUCUACCGACACUGAAAGCCGAGGGAUGAAGAUCUCUGAGAGCAAGUGGAGCCAAUACAGGGUUAAGUUGAACAGCGGCAACAACGUGCUGUAUUGGAGAACUACUGCGUACGUUCUACAGGGCAGCGCUGUCAAACCUGUGCUGUUAAGAAACGUCGCCAUCUCAGGGGUGGCCUACACAUCAGAGUGUUUCCAUUGUAAACCCGGCACCUACAGUGCAAAUCCAGGAUCUGCCCGCUGUGCCCCCUGCCCUGUUGAUUCCUAUUCCAACAAGGGUGCCACUGUUUGCCAUCAGUGUGAUCCAGACAAAUAUGCAGAGGCUGGUUCAGGGAGCUGCAAAGCGAGACCUGCGUGUACAAACAGUGACUACUUCUACACCCACACUCCAUGUGACUCUGAGAGAAAGACCCAGCUCAUGUACAAGUGGAUCGAGCCCAAGAUCUGCAGCGAGGCCGUUAAAGGAGCGGUAAAGCUGCCAGCAUCAGGAGAGAAGCAAACUUGUCCGCCAUGUAACCCGGGAUUCUUUGUCACCAACUCCUCCACUUGUGAACCCUGCGCCGUCGGUUCCUACUCAAAUGGAACAGCUUGUUCCAAGUGUCCUGUUGGCACAGAACCGGUGGUGGGUUUUGAGUACAAAUGGUGGAACACGAUGCCGAGCAACAUGAAGAGCUCCGUCUUCCGCCGAGAGUUUGGCGACACCGACCACAGCACGGCUUGGGAGGUGGCUGGAGAGUACACCUACACCACCCCCGGGGAUCAGGACACAGACUAUCUGAUGCUGACGCUCAAUGUCCCUGGAUACAGGCUGCCUCAGUCGAUGGCAAAAGACAGCGAAAGGAGCGAACAGUCUCGCAUCACCUUCGUCUUUGAGACCACGUGUUCAGCUGACUGCAAGUUUUUCUUCCUGGCGGGUUAUAAUGAGUGGAAUAACGAGGUGGUGGAGCAGUGGAAAGGCAGCAGCAGGAAACAGUCGUACUCCUACUUGAUUCAGAACAACAGCACCGUCAGCUUCACCUGGACAUUUCAACGAACCGAAGAGUUUUCUAUGGAGAGGAAAUACAGUGCUGAUGCUGCAAAAAUCUACUCCAUCCACAUCACCAAUGUGAUUGGAGGUGUGGCCUCUCAGUGUCGCCACUGCGCCCUGAGGUCAGCCACAGCCAGCUCCGCCUGUGUUCCCUGCCCACAGGGACACUACAUGGUCAGCGAGACAGGAGUGUGUAAGAGCUGCCCGCCAAACACCUUCAUCAGAGCUGAGCUGCCUGUCGGAGAGGCCGCUUGUGUUCAGUGCGGCCCGAACACAAAGAGAAACAAGGCCUACACGACUUGUCUCAGUGACUGUACGGUGGAUGUGCACACCAGCGGAGGAGCUCUGCUGCACUAUGACUUCUCUCCUCUGGCCAACGUCACGGGCUUCCACAGCAGCCCCCGCUUCACAAACAAAGGCCUGCGAUAUUUCCAUCGCUUUAACGUGGGUCUGUGUGGGAAAGAGGGUCGAGUGCCGGCUACCUGUGUGGACAAUGUCACGGAGAACGGGAGAGAGGUCAGAGGUUACGUCUGCCAGUCCACUGUGGUUCCCUCUGACAUCAGGAGUCAGAGCGUGGUGUCUUCACAGCCUUUCCUGAUUGGUGACCAACUCAUUGGUGUAACCACUGACACGACCCUGAGUGGCAUCACCUCUCCAAAAUGGCUGUUCCCCGCUGCGUCCGGCCUGCCAGACGUCAUAUUCUAUUAUAAGUCUAGAGAGACAACUCAGGCUUGUAAACGAGGCAGGUCAGGCACCAUCAGACUGAGAUGUAAUCCCACAGUGACUGUUAAAGACCACAUCACACUGCCAAGUAACUGUUCAGAGGGGACAUGUGAUGGUUGUACUUUCCACUUUCUGUGGCAGAGCCAGCAUGCAUGUCCACUCUGCACCAAAAACCACUACAGGGAGAUUGUCAGUGCUUGCAUCCAGGGAAUACAGAGAACCACCUACGUGUGGCAGCAGCCGUUGCAGUGUUUCGGAGGAGAGUCUCUACCAGCUCAAAAAGUCAGUGCUUGUGUGACUCUGGAUUUCUGGCUCAAGUUUGGUGUUUCUACAGGAGCGAUCGCUGCUGUGCUGCUCGUCAGUAUCAGCUGCUAUUUCUGGAAGAAGACGCGCAAGUUGCAAUAUAAAUACUCCAAGCUGAUGAUGAGCUCGGGGGGUAAAGAGUGUGAGCUGCCCACUGCGGACAGCUGUGCAAUAAUGGAGGGAGAAGAUGCAGAGGACGACAUCAUGGACCUCACCAAGAAAUCCUUCUUCACCAAAAUGAAGUCCUUCUCACGAGAGAGGACAUCGGAUGGAUUUGACUCAGUUCCACUUAAGUCGUCAUCUUCACGCCAGCAGAGAGAGGAGGAAGACUCAGAUGAUGCUUAAAUAUCAGAAUGAACAGACCCUCCUAUCAGAGUGCAGCAGGAAGUGUUAAAUUAGAUAAACAGUUUGACAUCAUUGCAGCAGGAUGUCUCCAUGCAGUCACAGGAAACAGAGACAGGCUGUACUGAAGAUGAGGCUCACUAAGGGAGCUUUAAGAUCAUGUAAAGACUGAUGUUUUUAUUCUAUAUUAUUUGUCAUAUUUUAGGUUGCCAAACCUAAUAAUUAAAUACAAAGUCUCCAUAUUGGGGAUAUGCUGUAUUUUCAGAGCGCAGGGUGUCUUUCAAAAAUGAUCUACAAAACAAACUGGAUAAAGUUACACUUUUUAUAGAUGUUUAAAACUUUAUACAUCAGUAGAAACUGUGAGUGUGUAUUUCAGUUUUUUCUUUUGUCCUUUUUUGUUUUUAUUAUGCUGUUCUGUUUUUGUAUUAGACCUAAAUCAUCUGUUCAGUCCUAUAAUGUUAUUUGGUAAUAUGUGAAUAUGUGAGCUUUUGAUUAUCUUUUCGGCUGCACCCAACAUUAUGAUAUAAUCUUGCUUUGAUGUAAAGACGUUUUCUACAAUAAAAAAAGCAACAAAUGUAUUAAUUGGA